CGCAGUAAAAUUCGAAGAGGGAAAAAAAUCCCCAAAAAAUCGAAAGGAAAAAAAACCCGGAGAUGCCUAAGACCUCGUCCUCGCUUUCCCCCACCGUCUCCGCCAUGAAUCCCCCCCUCCCCUCCUCCUCUUUCCCCAAAUCCCCGCACCCGCCGGACCCGAACCCUAGCCCCUGCAGCUACCUCCUCCAUGCCGACGCCGACGACGAGGCGCUGAUCCAAAUCCCGGGCCCGAACCCUAGCCUGGGGGGCGCCUCCGCCCCCUUCGCGCUGCUGCCGGCCAUCGACCCCGCGCCGCACAUCUCCUCGCAGUUCUACACCUUCAGCGCCGCUUCAUACGGGCUCAUGCUGCGCUGCGUCCUCGCCGGCCGCCCCGCCGUCGCCGAGGAGGUCCGCGCCGCCACGUCGCCCUCCGUGCUCGCCUCGUGGCGGGCGGUGUGGAAGGACCGGAACGAGGACACCGCAUACCUCACCGCGUGGAAGCGCAUCCAGGACAAGCUCGCCGCGUCGGCCGAUGAGCGGCACCUCCACUUCAAGUCCAACGCCUCGCAGCGCGUCUCCCACGUCGGCAUGUGGAGGGAUAUAAUCUCGGAGGCUCACGCCGACCCCGACCUGCUCCGACACCUCGCGCUCAAGGACACCGUCGACCGCAUCAAGCAGUCGUGGACUGUGGGGGCCAAAUUCUACGGUAUUCCAGAAUCAUUUAUCCGUGUAUGUAUUGCUGCAUGCCCCAUCUGUAAGGCUGCACCUACCGGCCAGCCUGAUUCUGCUAUCUCAUCUCCUGGACGAGGGAAGCGGCGGCGUAGGUUUGAAUAUACUGAUACGCUGGAUGUGCCUGCUCGAGAUGUGCCACGCAGGUUACAGCAAUUGGCUGCCAAGCAUAAGGUUGUCCUUUGUAUCAGGCAGAAGUAUAUAAGGUAUAAGCCAUUCAUGGCUGAGGUGAAGGAUUAUGCGUGCCACCGUGCUGGAGUGCCAACUUCAAGUGCUGGGAGUGCUGCAUCUUCCUCAGCGAGUAAUUCAGAGGGUAAGAAGGCGCGGGUUCUGAAGCGGGAGCCGUACCAAUCAAAAAGGUGUGGUUGUGGGUUUCGUAUUCGGGCAAUUGUGCCAAUAGCCAAUUAUAAUGAAAAAGACAAGAGUUUUGUGUACGUGGAGGAGGGCACUGCAGUGUUCAAGCUUUACACGGUGCACUCAGGGCAUGAGCCAGGGCCACUAGAUGGCAAUGCCCGAAUUGUUCACAGGUUGGUUGGGCAUAAGGGGCCUCUUGAGUUUGAUCCAGACAUUUAUGGUGUCAGUGAGGAAGGGGAUCCUAACUUCUCGGCAAAGGGGGAUGGAGAUGUUGAUAUUGAUGACUCGAAUCAGGCGGUCUUGCAGCAAGUACGGGAUCUCAGAGCAGAAGUUCUCUUGCUAGAAGGAAAGGUGGCUAAGAUGCACCCAGAGCUGUUGGGGUCGCUGUCCACUGAGUUAUCUGAGGUUUUGCACAGGAUUAGGAAGUUUAAUUUGGAAGGUAACAUCUACCAGCCGGAGGAGACGUUGAUGAUAGGGAACAAAGAGGUCGGGAGAUGGGGGGCUGGUGAUGUGUCCCACCAUUUAGACCAGCAUGAUGGUGCAUUCUGCAAGGAUGAUGAAAUGCUUGAUGACGAUGAUACUGAUUUUGGCUCAAGCCUUGGGCCUAUUGUCUCGUGGGAUAGGAUGGCAGCAGAGUGCGAGGAUAGAAAGAUGCUCAUGGGUGAUAGUCCAAAGUGUGACAAAUGGAUGCUGAAGGAGGAUGUGGGUGACUUUGAUGAGAAGAGUAUUCUUAACUGUGGGGAUGAUGAUGGUGUGGAGGAUUCCAAGAUUAUUAAACCAUUGAUGCACGAUGAUACCAUGGUAACUGACCCAAGCUUAAUAGGUAUUCAUGUAGACGGAUUUUACUCCGGUACAAAGUGGUAUGAUUCGCCGGUAGGUUUGGAUUCCAGUGUUGAUGCAGGAGAUGCCAGUUUUAGGAAUGGUGGAAUCUUGUGAGAUUUAUGAUUCUUCCCUGAUAACAGGGGGGCCUUGUAAAUUAUGUAUACUAGGUCAUUAGCUCGCACCAAUUUAAUGUAGUGUCUGUAGAUGGAGCUUCAAGCAAAGUAACCUAUCCUGCCCAGAUAUAUACAGGCUGAAUUUACCAAUUCAACUUUUCUUUAACUUAUGUAUAGUACCGGUGUUGGUUUCCUGCGUGCUUCAA